AUGCCAACAGAAAUGAUAACGGAUGAUAAUAAUAAUAAUAAUAAUAAUAAUAGUUUCUUUCAAGAAAUUGAUGAUCAAGAUUGGAUAUUAGAAAAACCAAUAUCAGUAUUUGCUUUGGAUCCAGCUGAUCGACGUGUUUUAAAAGUAGCUGAUCAACGUGAUUCUGUACAAAAGAAAACAUUUACAAAAUGGAUGAAUUUUUAUUUGUUACAAAAAAAUGGUUUAUAUGUUGAUGAUUUAUAUCUUGAUUUAAGAGAUGGACAUUUACUAUUAUCUUUAUUAGAAAUAUUUACUAAUCAAACAAUUCCCCGUGAACGAGGUACAUCAAAAUUUCAUGCAUUAAGAAAUAUUGAAAGAUGUCUUCAAUGUCUUGAACAAGAUCAUAAUAUUCGUCUGGUAAAUAUUCGUCCUGAAGAAUUAGUUAAUGGUAAUCCAAAAUUGACAUUAGGUCUCAUUUGGCGUAUUAUUCUUCAUUUUCAAUUUUCUGAUCUAACAGUACCUUCAUCUGAUGAGAAUGUUCCAAUAAAUUCUGAAGAAACAAUACCAUCUAUUCCAAUAAGCGAACCGUUACCAUCAUCUGAAUCAAUAUCAAUAAAAAAUUCGUCUAAAAAUUUAUCCAUCGAUCAAGUACCAUUAAAUUAUCGCAAUAUGUUACUAGUAUGGGCUCGUCAACAAUGUCAAGGUUAUCCAGGAAUUUAUAUUGAAGAUUUUACACAUUCAUGGCGUAAUGGUCGAGCAUUUCUUGCUAUACUUCAUCGACAGAAUCCACAUUUAAUUGAUAUCAAACAAGCAUAUUGUCAUUCAAAUCGAGAAAAUCUUACUCAAGCUUUUGAAUUUGCACAAAAACAUUAUGGAAUUACACAACUUAUCGAUCCGGAAGAUGUCGAUACUGAUGAACCUGAUGAAAAGAGUAUUUUAUUAUAUAUCGCCUAUCUAUAUAAAGCUUGUCCAACAAUACCAAUGCAUCCAUUACGACAAGAACAUGAUCGAAUACGACUUCAAGGUGAAUUAUCGUUGAGAUAUACAAAUAUUGCAUCUGAUCUUCUUAAAUGGAUAAAAAGAAAAUUAGAUCUUUUAAAUCGUGAAGUCAAAUUUAGAAAUGUCGAAGAAUUUCAAACAUUUGAAAAUAAUUUACAAAUAAUAAAACAUGAUGAAUUAUCAAAAUAUAAUCAAUUAUUACAUCAAUUACGAUCGAUUGAUAUUGAACUUAAGACUUUACAAUUCAAUGAAUCAUUACAACCUGAUAUUGAAUCAAUAAAUUUAGCUUGGAAUGAACUUGAAAUAGGUCUUCAUCGAAUUGAAAAUGAUCUUAAAAAAUACAAAAAAUUAAUAAUUGAUUUAGAUUUAAUUGAACGUGAUAUAACAAAUAUUGAAAUAAAAUCAAAAAAAUUUGAUACUCUUUCAACAAUGAAUCAUAUGAAUGAAAUACAAAUAAAAUUAGAUCAAAUAUUAAAUCAUUGCCAAACAUUAUUAUUAUCAAAUGAACAAACUCAAAAUCUUCUUGAACGUAUUCAUCAAUUAAAUUUACGUGUUAAUAUUCAUUUAACUUUAUCAUCAACAAUAUCCAAUGGUUUUCAUUCAAUAUCAAAACCACAGGCAAAUUCAAUACCAUCUAAUGUAACCAAUUUAAUUGAAGAACUUCAUGGGAUUGAUUCAAAUUUGAAUAUACUUGGUCAAUUACUUCAAAAACGUAUAAUAUAUUUAUUACAAACUGAUUUAUUAACAACUAAGGAUGAUUUUCUUACAUUGCAUAAGCAACAUAAGCGAACAUCAUCGAACAGUAGUUUCUCUUCAACAAGUUCAGCUUGCAGUGCUAGUUAUCGUAUUUUACCAGUGCGUUAUUCAUCAGUAGAUAGAGUCCUAUCAAAACCACCAACAGUAACAGCUAAUGAACGUGGUAUUAACGUACGCAUACAAUUUGAUAAUCCACAUCAUCACCAUCAUCAUAAACAUCAUCAUCGACAUCAUCGUGAACAUAACACUGAAAAAUCUGAACAUUAUCAUCGAAGACAUAUGACUAAAGAACAUCAACAUUACGGUUCUUGUCCUGUACUUGAUGAGAAUAGUCAAAGAUCAACAUCAUUAGGUCCAUCAAAUAUAACAUAUAUUGAAACACGAUCAAUUGUACGUGGUGGUUCAAAUGAUCAACUUAAUAAAAAUAAUUAUUCAAAUUCAAUAAAUAUUCAUAAACGAUCUAUUCCUAGACCACCAAUAGCAAAUACACGUAUAAAACAUGUCCCACUUGAUACAAAUAUAUUCUCGACACGAGAUUUUGAAAAUAAUCUUCUUUCACAAGCAAGUCGUAUUAAAGAUAUUCGUAAUCAUAUACGACAAGAAUAUAAUACAAUAUCACAUCAUGAAUUACGUUCAUUGGUUAAUCAAACAUCAGAUCACGUACAAAAUCUAUUUACAACAUCAAAAGAUUAUUCUGAUAAAUUGUUUAUUGCUGAAACUGCUUUAAAUCUUUUAAAUACUUUAACGUCUCAAAUUAUUGAAUUAGAAAAUCGUUUAAUAUCUCAAAAAUCACUUAUCGAUGAUGAAAAUGAUUUUCAUCGUCAAUUAAAUGAUCUUAAUGAAUUACAUAAUCAUUCACAAGUACUUGAGAAGUCAACAACAGACCUUCUCAUGCAAAGUAAACAAUUAGGUAAUGACAAAUUAAUUCAUAUUAGUGAACACUUAUCAUCACGUUGGAAACAAAUCAUAUCAGAAAUAAUUCAAAGAAAACGAUCGGUUAAACGAGUUAUUGAAACGAAUCGAUCGUUUCGAAAAUUAUUUGAACAAGAAAAACGUCUACUUCAUCUUAUUGAAAGACGAAUGCAAACUCUUGAAGCUAUAUCAAAUGAAAUGGAAAAACUUCAAAGAAUGUCAAAAAUUGUUAUUGAUUUGUUUAAUGAUAUUCUUUCUCGAGUACAAUCAAUUGAACAUAUGAAUGAUGUUGCGGUCAAACUUAUACAAGAAGUUAAGAUGUAUAACAAAAAUUUGAAACAUUUUCGUGUAUCAUUACGCGAUCCAAAUUCAAAUAUUAAUACAUCAAUUUCUAAUAAACGACCACAAUAUACAUCAACUGUUCAACGUGCAUCUCGAGCUAUUUCAAAUCAAGUUGAAGAAUUUGAUCGACAUUAUGCUAAUCUUCUUUCUAAUAUGGAAGAAUAUACACGUUCAUUUGUAAAAAAUUAUAAUGCAAUCGGACAAAUAAUUAGUCUUCCUCUUGAUUAUGCAUCAACAAUUGUUCAUCUUUAUCGUAGUACAAUCGCAUCUCGAUAUAAUACUACUGCCGAAUCUCUUUUUUCAUCAUCCGAUGAAGAGGAACAAUCAUUUUCAGCAUCGUCUGCAAAACAGAAUCAACAAAGUAGUGAUGAAACAGGUAAUCAAGAUAGUAAUAUUAUCAAAAGUUUUAUUGACUUGUCACACAGAAAGGUCACUGUCGAUCGUCAUCAUCAUCAUUAUCCAUUGUCAUCAUUAGACAAUUCAGUUUCACUUGAAACUACAUAUGUUAUACCAAGAAAUGAAUUAUCAUCAUCAUUUGGCAUAGAUAAUGAUCUAUCAAAUAAGAAAGUAAGAUUCAUAAUAGAAAAACAACAACCAACAUCAUCAAUUAUUAAAAGUAAUAUAUUAAUAACAAAUAUAAAAUCCAAUGAAAUGACACAACGAAAAAAUGUUUCUAAUUACGAUUUACGUGAAGCUUAUUCUCGUGGUUUAAUAAAUCCAAAUAAUCAUCAUAUUAUCGAUCGUGUUACAUCACGAGAAUUAGAUUUAGGUGAAGCAUUAAAAAUGGGUAUUCUUAAAGUUGGUGACCCACAAUCAUAUAAUAUUAUAUCAAAAACUGAAUCACUUAUUAUUUCAAGUGUAUUUGAUCAUCGUUUAAAUACAUUUGUUGAUCCAAAUAUUGCCAUACGUACAAAAAUUCUUGAUCCUUAUCAUGGUUUAUAUAUAAAUAAUUUAACACAAGAAUCAAUAUCAAUUGAUGAUGCUAUGACAAAAGGUUUUAUCAUCGUUGAACAACAACCUCCAUUACAACAAUCAUCAAAUCAUCAUAAUGAUAAAUAUGUUAUAUCAACAUCAUUAAUACGUGAAACACGAUCUUAUCAUUUAUUAGGUGUUCGAGAUUAUCUUAAUAAUAAAGAAUUAACAGUUCAAGAAGCUAUACGUUUAGGUAUAUUAGAUAAACAAAAUGGACAAUAUAUUAAUAGAAAAACAAAUGAAAUAUUAUCUAUUUCGGAAGCUAUUGCUCAAGGACAUAUACGUGCACAACCAUUACCAGUUGAAUCAACAAUAAAUCAAGAUACAUUAACAACAAAUAAACGUGGUACAGUUAAAGAAACUAAAACAUAUACACUUAAAAGUGCUAUACAUCCAAAAACACGUCAAGAAAUUCCUAUACGUUUAGCUAUUGAUGAAGGUAUAAUUGAUCAUGCUAAAGGUUAUUAUGUAAAUAGUGUAACAGGUGAAAAUCUUCCAAUAAGUGUUGCAAUUGAAAGAGGUUUAAUAUUUACAGAAUUAAUUGAUCAACAUUCAAAACGUUAUAGAAAAACAUUAAUUAUAGAACAAGUUAUUGAUCCAGUUACAAAUCGUCGUUUAGGUGUUAAUGAAGCUAUUAAAAUAGGUCUAUUAAAUUCAAAUAUAACAACCUAUUAUCAUUCAGUUACACAAAAACAAAUGACUAUACUUGAAGCAUACGAACAAGGUUUAAUUAUAGGUAAAUUUCAUGAUCAACAUCCAUCAUCAUUUUAUGGUAAUCAACAUGAACAAGUUUUUUAUUUAAUAACUGGUAUUAUUGAUAUACGUACAGAUAAAGUUUAUAGUCUUCAAGAAGGUAUACAACAAAAAUUAUUUGAUCAUAAAAAAGGUGUUUAUAUACAUCCAAUAACAGGUGAUGAAAUAAAUAUAGGUGAUGCUGUUAAACGUGGUUAUAUACAAGUACAAGCUGUAUCAUCACAAAUUAUAUUUAAUAAUACAGAUCAAAUAUUAAAUGAAAAACGUCGUACAAUAAUAAGUCAAGAACCAUAUGGUAAUAUAAAUGAUUCACGUUCAAAAUUAUCUAUACGUAUUGAAUCACAAGCACGACCACGUACACCUUAUGAAAUAAAUGAAUCUGAAUAUUUACAACAUGAUAAAGAUGUUGUUGAAAUCGAAUCUAUUCAACGUUUACCAAGACAUAAAAAACAACAUGUUAUUACACGUGAAGAAGAAAUUAUUGAACAACAUACAAAAAAUAUUGUUGAUAGAGAAAUAUUUAUUAAUCGUGGUGGAAAUAAUCGAGCUAAAUCAAAUGAAAAACAAAAACAACAAUAUAUUGAAGAAGUUGUUAUUGAUGAUAGUAUAAAUAAUAAUCGUCGAGCUAAAUUUGAUAUUAAAGAAGACCGACAUACAUCACAUAGAGAAAUUGUUAUUGAUGGUGAUAGAUAUGUACCACCACCUAAAGAUCAACUUAUUAUAAAUGGUACAAAACGUGAACAUGAGGUUCGUGUUGUUCAAACAGCUCGUCCACAAAGACCUAUAUCACCACCACGUGCCAUACAUAUAGAUGAUCGUCAACGUGAAGGUCAACGUAUACAUCAUGGUGAACUUAUUAUCGAUGAUCAUCAACGUCCAUAUACAUCAUCAACAGCUCAUACAACAAUAAAGAAAGAAUAUAUUGAUAUAACAGAUAAUCAUGUUAGAACUUCUCCAUUACCAAAACAACAAACAACUGAUUAUGUCUAUGAUGAACAACAAUCAUGGACAGAAGAAGAAUGGGAGCAAUGGCAUUGUAUAAUGAUGAUUAAAGGUCAACCAUAUCGUGUUGUUUGGGUAAUGAAUACUGCAACAGGUGAUCGUUUACCAUUACAAAAUGCCUAUCAACGUGGUUUAGUUGAUACGAAACAACGUUUAUUUUAUGAUGAAAAAUUAAAUCGUCAAACAUAUUCAUUUGAAAAAGCUGUUGAAUUAGGUUAUAUGGGUAUUGAACCUGAUACAGCAUCAUUACCAAUGCAUGUUGAUGGUAUUGAUUAUAUGAUACAUUGGGUAUUAGAUUCAUCAACAAAACGUCGAAUAUUUCCACGACAAGCUGUACGUAAACAAAUUUUAGAACCUACAUAUGGUCGUUAUAUAAAUCCAUAUAAUAAAUCACAAGUAUCAUUACAUGAAGCUAUUUAUUUAAAAUUUAUUGGUGCUACAGAAUAUAAUACAACAACUGACUUAAUAACAGUAACUAUUAAUGGACAAACAUAUAAUAUUAAAUGGGUUUAUGAUACACGUAAUAUGAAAAAAAUUUUACCACGUGAUGCAUUAAAACAAGGUAUAUUGGAUAUACAAUUAAAUGAAUAUCGUAAAUUUGAUACAAAUGAUGUUAUGACUAUAUAUGAUGCUAUACAAGCUGGUUACAUACGUUGUAAUGAUGAUGAAUCAUCAUCAGAUAAUAGUAUAAGACCACCAUCAAUAAUAUCUGUUGAUGAAGAUGAAUUAACUAUAGCAACAAAAACAGCUACCUAUGUUAUUACAUCAGUUAUACAUCCAUUAACACAAAAAGAAAUUAAAGUAUCCGAAGCUAUUGAUUUGGGUAUACUUGAUAAAGACAUUGGUAGUUAUCGAGAUUUAGUAACUAAUGUUCAAUAUGAAUUAGCUGAAGCAAUAAAUGAAGGUUUAGUUUAUGCAACAAUAAUUGAAACAAAAGAAGAUACAGAAAUGUUAACAUCAUCAGUACAAGAAAUUGUGAGAAAAUUUAUUGUUAAAAGUGUAGCUGUUGAUAGUGAAUCACAAGAAAAAAUUGGUGGUUUAGAAGCACAAGCUAUUGGUAUACUUAAUUAUGCACAAGGUGUUUAUCAUGAUAGAAAAUAUGGUGUAAGAAUUCCACUUGAUAAAGCUAUUGAAAAGAAAUUACUCGAUGUAGAACUUAUAAGUCAAAAUCGAUUUGAAGAAUAUGAUUUAGAAUUAAUAACUGAUACAAUUACAGAAAAACGUAUUACUUUAUAUAAAAUUCAUGGUGUACGUAAUAAUGUAUUAGAUCGUAUGGAAUCAGGAGCUGUAGCUGUUAAAAAUCAAAUAAUUGAUACUGAAGCUAAAACUUAUACUGAUUUUUCAACUGGUGAAACAAUGACUAUACAAGAAGCUAUUAAUAAAAAUUUAAUACAAGCUGAAAUAAGUGAACAUGUUGAAAGAAAACCAUUAGGUUUAUCAAUGCAAAAUGCUAUUCGACUUGGUUUUUAUGUAGCUGAAACAGGUACAUUUCGUGAUCCAGCUACAGAACAUUAUAUGACAUUAAUGGAAGCUAUUGAACGUGGUCAUAUACAUGUAAAUGGUAUUGCAUUUGCUGAUAGUGAACAAGGUCCAAUAACAUUAUAUGAUGCAUUAUCAUUAGGUUUAAUAAAUCGUCGUGAUGGUGGUAAAUUAAAUCCAGCUAAAAUAAGUUUAUAUCGUGCACGAUUAGUUGAAUCAAAAUUACAUCGAAUGAAUGUUGAAGAUGCUAUACGUUGUGGUUUACUUAAUCUUCGUACAGGUCUUUAUAAACAUCCACAUAGUGGUGAACAAUUAAAUUUAAAAGAAGCUAUACAACGUGGUUUAAUUGAUGGACAAAGUACAAUAAUUGAACAUCCAACAAGUGGACGUUUUAUGACAUUAAAAGAAGCAUUAGAUGGUAUACGUAUAGAUAAUGAAGGACAAGUUAUUGAUUCUUAUACAAAUAAAACUAUAACAACAUUAGAAUUAGCAUUUAAUCAUAGAAAAUUAUUUUCACAAUUUGAUGUUAAUGCUGGUGAAGUAUUUUUACCAACACUUAAUGAAUCAGUUGGAUUUGAAAAAGCUAUAAGAAAAAAUUUACUUGAUAAUAAUCGUAUGAAAUUAUUUGAUCCUAAAACUAGUCGUGAAUAUACAAUACAAGAUGCUAUUGAACGUGGUUUAGUUGAUUCAGAAUCAGGUUUAAUUUAUGAUACACAUACACAUACACAAUAUUCUAUACGUGAAGCUAUACGUCAUGGUAUUGUUGCUAUUGUUGGUGCACCACUUGUACCCAUUAAAGCUAAUCAUGAAACAGUUGCAGCUAAAAUAACAUCAAGAAAACAUCGACGACAUUCAUUAGCGAAAAGUUCAUUACAUUUUGAUUAUAAUAGUGCACCUGAUUCAGCUGAUGAAGAUUCACAAGGUAGUGGUUGGCAUAGAAUUAAAUCAAGAACACGUGCUAUUAGUCCAUUAAGUUAUGAUGGUAGAAGUGAUUUAAAAUCUACUAUUCGUCGACGUACAGGUUCAAGUCCAACACGAACAUGUCGUGAUGAUGAUUGGAGAACACGAUGGACAGGUGGAAAUAAUAAAGAUGAUGAUGAUGAUGAUCAUACAUUUGGAUCUGGUGGUGGUGGUGGUUCGAAACGUUUAGGUGGAAAUUCAUUUUAUUCAAGUGUUACAACUCAAGUACAACAAACAAAUAAUUCAUCGGAUCAAUCACAAGGGGGACGAACAUCAUCGGGUUUUCAACAAAAACAAGAACAAUUAUCUUCAUUAUCAACAGUCACAUCCAAGGAAUCAUCGGUUUCAAAUAAUCAGAAUAAUGGAAAAUCAAUUGAACCUAUUGAAAAUAUAGAUGAUAUUUCAUCAGCAACAAAAAUUUCUAAUAAUGAACAAUCAUUAUUAUCAACUAUUGAUAAUAAUAAUGAUGUAUUACAGUCAUCAGUAUCGGUUGAAUUAACUUUGAAAAUACAGAAUGAUGAAAAUCGUUUAAUUCUGGAAAUGAAUGAUGUCGCUGGUCGUUUAACAUCAUUACAUGAUCAAUUAAAUCAAUACGUUUAUUUAACUGAAAAUCUUAAUGAACUUCGAAUAAAUGUUGAACAUAUUAAACAAUUAUAUGCAGAAAUUGAAAAAGAAAAACCGAUCAUUCAUAAUCUUAUUGAACGAGCAACGAAUAUUAAUCCACAAUUAGCAAUAUUAACUACAGAUCUUGAAGAUAAACGAGUUGAAAUAUCUGAUAUCAAUAAUGGUAUGAGCAAUAUCAUUGAACGAUUUAUUACUCAACUCGAUCAAUUUAAUAUUCAAUACGCUUAUUUAACUGAAUGGCUUAGAAUUAAUGAAAAAGAACUUGAAAAUAAUUUACAAUUAUCAACAUUAAAUACUGAUAAUGAUAAAUUCAAGAGUAUUUUAAAUACAGGAAUUAAUUUACAAAAUGAUCUUACAUAUCUUCAAGAAUAUUUACAAACAAUUGAUUUAAUCAUACAAGAUUUUCAACAAGCAACUGAAAAUACAGAUGAUGGAAAAUCAACAAUGAUUUUCAAUCAACUUCAACAAUCGUUAGAAUUAUUAAUAACAAAUUAUUCUAAUUUUCUUAAACGUUGUAAACAAAUAUCAGAUAUAUGUGAACGUUAUUUGAUACUAUUCAAUGAAAUAAAUCAUUUAGAUGAAGAAUUUCUUAAAUCAAUGAAUGAAUUUGAUCAACAUUUAGCUAUUAAUGAAAAGAAUCAAGAAGAUGAUAAUAUAUUACAAAGUCUUUUAUUGAAUGUUCAACAACAAUUAGAUAAAUUACGUAUGCUUUCAACACAUGAACAUACUUCAACAUCAACAGUUAUAGUGUUGAAUAAUCAUAUUCAUAAUCAACUUUUUACUUUACUUAAAACACAUACUGAACGUUAUAAUGAUGCUCAACAACGUUUAAUGCAUCAUUUCGAAUUAAUCGAACGUUUUCUUCAUGAACGUCAAACAAUAAAAGAACGUAUUAAUGAAUUAUAUUAUUGGUUAUUAUCUUCAAUUGAAAAUGAUUUUUUUUCAAAACCAUUAUCUUUAAAUCGUUCAAAAUUAGAUGAACAAAUAAUAAAUUUUCGUCAAUUUCAUGCACAAUUACGUACACGACAAUAUUCAUUUGAUUCUGAUAUAAAUACAAAAAUAAAUUUUGAACAAUUAUUUGAUAAUGAAGAUAAAAAUUCUAUAAAAUUAAUUAAAGAAUAUUUUCAAUUAUUAAAUGAACAAUCAAAUCAAUAUAAUGAAUAUAUUAAUCAUUUAUCAACAUGUUUAAAUGAAUUUCAUCUUGAACAUACACAUUUAAGUGAUAUAUAUUCAAAUUCUAUACGUCUUUAUGUUGAACAAAUAAAACAAAAUAAUGAUAUAAAUUUUUCUGCAUUAGAAUUAUUAUUAAAUAAUGAUCAAGAUUUAAUUAUUGAUCAUACAUUAUAUGAUCAAUUAAUAAAUAAUUUAUUAGAAACAAAAAAUAUUGAAAAUAAAAAUGAUAUAUUAGAAUAUCAAAAUCAAAUUAAUGAAUAUAAAAUUCAUUAUGAAAAAUUUCAAAAUGAUUUAAAAUUAAUACUUAAAAAUCGACAAUUAUUAUUAAAUCAAUAUGAUUUAGUUAAAAAUCAAAUUGAAGAAUUUUUAUUAACAACAGAUCGUUUAUUAAAACAAACAUUAACAAUUGAUAUAUGUCAAGAUUUAUUAACAAAACAUUCAUUAUUACCUAUUGAACAAUUAAAAAUUUUAACUGAACAAUUAAUUAAUUUUUAUUCAUCACCAAAUCUUAUAAAUUUAUAUGAACAAUUAAAAUUAUCAAAACCAAUAAAUCAUUCAAAUUUAACAUUAAUUUAUCAAAAACAAACUGAUGAUUUAAUCGAAUAUUAUUUAUUAAUUAAACAACGAUUACUUGAAUAUUUAGAAUUAUUAGAAAAUAUUCAACAACAAACAAAUCAAUAUCAAUCAACUAAACAAAUUGCUGAAAAUUCAAUUGAAAAAGCUAAACAAUUAAUUACAAUAAAUGAAACUAUAAUACUUCCAUUAGAUAAUCAACAAAUUAUUGUUAUGUUACAAAAAUAUAAAGACAUUGGUGAUCAACUUAGAUCAAUGGCAUCAACAAUUGAUGAAUACAAAGCUAUUGGUUUAUCAUUAAUAAAUGUUGCUCAACGAUAUAUUGAUACUGAUCUUAUUCAAAAUGAGAUCAAUUCUAUUGAUAAUACGUGGUCUGAAUAUGUUGAAUAUAUUUUUGAUACACUUGAUUAUAUUCAAUUACAUCAAGAAGAUUUACAUGAAUUUUAUCAAUUAGCUAAUAAUUUAUUAGUUUUACUUAAUGAAAAACAGAUACAAUUGGAAACAAUUAAAGAUGAUGAAUUGAAAAAUUUUCGUGAUGAAAUUGAAAAUCUUAAUGAACAAAUUGAAUUAUUAUAUCAGAAAGGUGAACUUUUAUUACAAAUUUCAGCUACUGAUUCAAACGAUAAUCAAGUUGCACGUUUAUUAGAAACAAUUAAUCGAAAUUAUGAUAAUUUAACUAUCAAACUAAAAGUUACCUUGAAUAAAAUGAAUGACAUACAUCAAUCAACUACAACACCAGUAACGGCAACAACAGAUAAUAUUCCAUCAAUAUCAUCACAUCAAAUCAUCGAUGAAAUUCAUCAUCAUAUGAAUGAAAUAGAUUUAGCUAUGAAUGAAUUAUCGGAAUUAUUAGUUUCAGCAACAGCUGAUGCAAUAUCAGCUCAACCAAUUAAAUUAAGUGAACAAUUACUUGAUAGUGCUGUUGUUCACAAUGAAUUAGAUAAACGAAAAGAUGCUCUUGAACAAUUAUCUUCAAAUAUACAAACAUUUAAACAAAUGGUAACGAAUACAGAAGAUAUGGAUUCAGUCACAGUUCUGGAUGAAAAACUUGCUCUAUUAAAUCAACAUUUGUUAAUAAUGAAACAAACAAAUGAUUUACGUCAAGAAAAUCUUCUAUUAACUCAAGUAUGUGCUAAUAAAUUUUGGUCAGAAUAUAAUGAACUUUCAACUAUUCUUAAUAAUAUUGCUCAACAAUUAUCACAAAUUCGUCCACGUUCAACAUCACGUCAUUAUCUUGAAAAUGAACAAGAAAAAUAUAAUCAAUUAGUAAAAGAUUUUUCAAAUAAUGAAAUUAAAUAUCAAGAAAUUCUUCAAACAUAUAGUGUACAAUUAUUAACAUUAAUAUCAGAUAAUCAACAAGAAACAGAUGAUAUUCAUCGUUAUCUAUAUGAAUUAGAACAACAAUGGAAUCGUAUACAAACAGAUUUAAAUACAUGUCAACAAGAAUUAACACAAUCAUUGAUUAAAUCUGAUGAAUUAAAUGCUAAAUUAGAAAAUGUAUCAACAUGGUUUGAUGAUAAAUCAUCAUUUACAACAAAUAAUGAAUUAGAACAUAUUCGAACAUUUAAAGAACAUUUAGAUAAUAAAUAUAUUGAUAUUAUUAAUUUAAAACAAGAUUAUACUGAUAUUGAAGAACCAAAUGAAUAUGUUGUAGAAGAAAAACCAAAUCUUGUUGAAGAACAAUUCGUAGAAAUUGAUUCUAAAUGGUCUCACUUAAAAGAUAAAAUACAAGAGCAGAAAACUCUUAUUUAUGAAACUGCUCUUCGUCAGAAUCGUAUUGGUGAUGUUAUUGCUGAUAUAAAUCAAUCGUUAGAUGCUUGUACAAUAAAACUAUCUGUUUUAACUGAUAAUUCUUCUGAUAUUAAUCUUACUGAUAUAAAACAGAUUGAAAUCUUCAUUGCAAAAUUUCGUAUACUUUUAAAUGAUAUUGAAUUAAUAUCAUUUGAUAUUGAACAAUUAAGACAAAGUAAUUAUGAAGAUAAAAAUACUGUUUUAUUAAUAAAUAAUCGUUGGGAAGAAUUACUUAAACAAGCAAAUGAAAAAUAUAAUUUAUUAGAAAAUAAAUUACAUGAUAUGAAAUUUAAACAAAAAUUAUUUGAUCAAAUUUAUCAUGAACUUAAUUUAAUUGAUAAACAAGUUCAUGAAAGUACAAUACAUACAAAAUUUUCUUUAAUUAUCGAACGUUUAGAAUAUAUUGAAGAACAAAUCAAUAAACAAUUUAUUGAUGAUAAUAAUGAACAAAUCAAAGAUUUAAAAAAACAUUUAAUCGAUAUUAAACAACGAACAUUAACAAAGGGUCAAGAACUUCUUGAAUUAACACAUUUUAUUGAACUUUUUCAUGCAUCAUUAAAAACAUUCACUGAUUAUUUAACUGAAAGUGAACGUUAUUUAAAUACACAAAAACCAGUUCAACGUCGUUUUGCUUUAUUUCAAGCAUUAUUAAAACAAGUUGAUGAACAUAAAGCAUUUCAAAAUCAAUUAGAAAUAUAUAAACAACAUUUUAUUGAUUUAGAUAAAUUAGCAAUACAUUUAAAAUAUGUUUUACCUAAAAAUGAUUCUAUUUAUAUAAGAAAUUCUUUAACAUCAGUUCAAACACGAUGGCAAAAUAUUCUUACACGUACAAAUGAAAGAAUGAAAGAAUUAGAAAAAGCUGUUCAAGCAGCACAAAAAAUGAUUCGACCGGUCGUAGCAGAUAUUGAUAGAAUUAAAAGUGAAGUGAAUCGACAAACAUCUCUUUGUCAAUGUUCAAAAAAAUAUGACGUACAACAAAUAGCUGAAGGACGAUAUCGAUUUGGUGAAUCACAAAGUCUUCGUCUUGUUCGUAUACUUCGUUCAACAGUUAUGGUUCGUGUUGGUGGUGGUUGGACAGCACUUGAUGAAUUUCUUGUUCGACAUGAUCCAUGUCGAGCUAAAGGUCGUACUAAUUACGAAUUACAUCCAGAAAGUUAUGCUUUACGUGAUGGUGUUGCUCAAACCAUGACAUUUUUUAAACCAAGACUUGUUACUGUUCAUCAACCAACAUGUCUUUUUCAUCAACAACAACAAUCAACUGGCUCAUUAAAACAAUCAUCAGCUAUUACACCUAUUCCACCUGUAAAAGAUAAAUCUAGCCGAACACCAUCAACAACAUCUUUAACACAACAACAACAAAAUUCAUCAUCAAAUGGUGAUUUAUCCAUAUCAGGUGAAGAUCCUUCAGUAUCGCAACACAUUCAAAGUGAUUCAGAAACAAAACCAUCCUUAAUACCGAUACCAAUUCCAAUGUAUACACCUUCAGCAUCAACAUUAAGUCGAGCAUCAAGUCGUGAAAGUGUUCUUUCUGAACAUUCAUGUACAUCAACAUCUUCAACACAACAACGGCGACCAAGUAAACUUCCAUUGCCAAUAUCUCGAUAUAAAAAGGCAACGAAUGUAACGACACCGGUCAAAAAUUCCUAGAAAGACAUUUUAUCGCAUUUUUUAUAUAUAUUUAUUCUAUUUUCUUUUUAUGUUCCUAGUCAAGAUUUUAUUCAUGUUUUAAAUCUCUUUUAUGGGUGCUCUAAGUAGUACUCGGGUCAAUUGUUUUUUUUUUCUUUCUUAUAUGAUAUAGCAUUCUGUUUGGUUGUUUUUAUUUAGCUAAAUACUAACUAAACCCUUUCCAAUAAUAGAAGAAUUUGAGUCUUCCAGUAUGUCGAAACUUUUCAGAGGAGGAAAUAAUGCUCAUUUAGUUUUUGAAGGUUUUUCAGCGGGGAAUCGUGAGAAUGAAGUUUAUAUUUGAUGUAAAUAUACUGAUUUAGACAAAAGUUAAUUGAGAAGAGUUUUCUAUUUUAUUCGGCUAAUUGAUCUUCUAUUGCAGGAAAGGGUUUACAUUGGCUUUUGUUUUGAUUAUUUCUUUUAUUCUGUUUCAUUUGCUUAUUGUAAUGCUGUUGGAUCUCGUUUUUGUUAUUUUCAAAAAAUUACUAACAACUAAGCUGUUAAUGCAGACUUACAUUUAUAGUGCCUACAAUCUUUAUAUUAAUGGGAGUAUUUUAAUAGAAUUAUUCAUUUAACUGAAUUCAUAAUUUGAUAUAUGAACAACAAAAUGCAAGAAAUUUCGAUUUCUAUUCCCUAUUUAUUUGACACAGAAGUUCAAGUCACUAGAUAAUAUAACUGCCGAGUUUCUUUUGCAGGUCAUGUCUACUAGAACAAUUUAGUGAUCUGGUUGUCUCUUAUCAUUUGCAGGUGAAACAAACUCAAGAGAAUAAAAACAGACACUUUUGAAAAUAUUUGUCAUUACUAGGCAAUUGCGUACUUGAAAUGUCGUCUUAGUUAGACGAGCUUAAAUCGAUUCGGUUGUAUGAUCUACUAAUGAAUAGAUUAUGGUCAUUUGAAUGGAAUUUUUGCUGAAAACAAGAUAUUUCAGGAACAUUCAAAACAAAAAAUAUUGAGCUAACAUUUUACCUCUAGACGUGUUUGAUAGCCGUUAGCUAGUCCUGAAAGGGUGUAAGUGUGGAUUUUUUCUUCGCCAACGCCAAAGAUUCACAUUCACACCUUUACAUAUUAGCGAUAGUACGUGAGUGAGCAUCAAGAACCAUUAAGAGAAACGAAAUGGAUGUAAUGUAAUGAACAGUUCUUAUUUAUUCAAACUUUUCAACUCGAUAGAAGUCUAGAGACAGCAAGUUGCAAAAAGCUCUUGAUAAGAUGCAGUCGCAUUGAAAGAAAGAAAAAAGAAAAGCACAACUUUGAAUUUCUUCAACACUCAUUUGUUUACUCUUUCUUACUUUUCAUAGUCACUCACUACAUAGGCAAGAACGGAAGAAAAAUAAUGAUGAUAACAAUAAUCAAAAUACAUUAGUGUGCAUUUCUUUCGUUCAUUGUUAAUAUAUUUUUUUAGUUGAUUUCUCUUGUUUGCCAUAGUUGCAUAUUCAAAAAACACUCAGCACAAUCAUAAUGUGGAUGUGGGUGAUAGAAGAGCUACAUUCACCCACACCCAAAAACACGCAUGUAAACGCGCGAUAAUGGUUCCGUGUCCACGCAUGUGUUGCUAUAACCUUGCAUGUGUGGGUGUGGUGUGGGUAUGCGUGUGGAUGUGGGUGGAUGUGGGUGGGCGUGGGUGUGAGUGGGUAGAUGUGGAUGGGUAACUGUGGAAGUCGGAAUGUUGUCUUC